CUGAUUAAUUAGUUGCAAUUAUGAAAUCGUGACUACCUAUGUAUACCUUUUUUCGUCGAAUGUUCGAAUCAGUUGACAGAGUUGACAAAUUUCAAGUAAUUUCAGAUCUACGAAUCACUAGCCACCUGGCGUGGUUCCCCAGGGAAGGACACGAUGGGAACCCGAGACAUUUGCUAGACAGGCGCUGACAUGCUUGAACAGGCGCCGCAAUUGAAGAGAAGCCCGAGAAGUGUCAGCCUUGGCGGGGCGUCAUCGGGCGCGUUGCCGCGCGGCGGCGAGCCGUAUCAGUGCGCGCCGUUUGCCUCCGGAGGAUGGGUGGGCGCUUGGUAGCGGUGGAAGCGCCUGCUGGCCUAUCUUCAAGCGGAAGGCAUAAAAAGGCACACGCAACGCCGUGAGAAUUUGUUCGCUGGGGUCUGAGGCAUUCAGAGGCCAUGCUGGUCCGCGGGGGUUCAGAGGUGUAGGGCGUUGCUCGUGGGGCGCGGCGCUGCAAGCAAGUGACGUGACUGCACGCAAGCAAGCGACGCGACUGCACGAGGCCGCCGCCUCGCACCAUCGGGCAGCGUGGGCCCAGGGCUUGCGUGAGAGGAGAGCGCGGCGCCAAAGCGGGCGCCUUAACUUUCAAAGCCCACGCCCUAACAGCGUGGGCCCAGGGCUGGGGGAAGAGCAGAGCGGGGCGCUGAAGUAAGUGGGCGCCUUAAGUUUCACAAUUCACGUCUUAACUUUCACAAUUGAACUCGCGCCCUAACUUUCGCAGUUCUUGUCUUGACCUUCAAAAUUCAUGUCUUGAGCUUCGCACUCAUGUCCUAACUUUCGAAAUUCGUUCUCCAACUUUCGAACUUUAUGCGCUAACUUUGUUUCAAAGUUCAUGUUUUAACUUUCAAAAUUCACGCCCUAACUUUCGAAAUUCGCGCCCGAACUUUCAAAAGAGUCCAACUUUUCAAAAAAACGCAUGUCCUGCUAACUUUCUUUGUUCAGAAUUCAUUACCUAAGACUUUCAGAAUUCAUGUCCUAACUUUCAGAGUUCAUGCCUUAACUUUCGAAAUUCAUGCCCUAACUUUCUAAGUUCACUCACGCCCUAACUUUCAAAGUUCACGCCUUAACUUUCAAAAUUCUCAGGCAGGCCCUUCGCCUAUGAAGUCGCUUCUGCGCUUCUCACUCGAUUGGCCUUAAAUCUGGGGGGUUGUGGCAGUUGCGUCUUGCUGUGGCCUGGGUUGUGGGAGUUGUGUCUUGCGUUGGUGUGGGGGCUGUGUCCUAAGUUAUGGCGUAAGUUGUGGAAGUUGUGCUUGUGAGCUCAGUUCACCUUCACUGCGACAGCCUGAUGAAAAAGUCGCGCUUUACUCUUCGGGUGUUCGAAUUUGAACACCAUGAGACUCCGAAGAAUCGCGUGGGCUUUAUGGUGUUCAGAUUCGAAUAGCCUGAGAGUGGGGCCGCGCCUUUUUGUAUGCUUUCCGUCUGCGCACAACUGGCCGCCCUAACCUCCACAACCCGCCACAGCUUCCUUUGUUCAUAAAUUCCACAACUUAGAAAACAGUAACAGCCGCCACAACUUGGGCCACAACUUCCACACCUCUCACAACUCAGGGCACACCUUCCACCACUUUCCACAGCUUAAAAGUAAUAAAGAAAGUGCAGCUUUUUCGUGGGGUUUUGGUCAUUCUGCAACUCAUGGCCUAACUUUCGUAAUUCAUUUCUUAACGUUCAAAAUUCAUUUUCUAACUUUCAAAGUUCACGCCUAACUUUCCAAAUUCAUGCCCUACCCCUCAAAUCAAAACUCAAAAUCAAAACGCAAAGCCAAAGCUCAAACUUCAAAAUUAAAAAUCAAAACUCAAAACCAACGAACACUCAAAAGCAAACUUCAAAAUCAAGACUCAAGAUCAAAACUCAAAAUCAAAGCUCAAAAUCAACACUCAAAUUUCAAACCAAAAAUCAAAAGCACUCAAAAUCAAAACUCAAGACCAAAGCUCAAGAUCAAAACGCAAAAGCAAAACUCAAAAUCAGAACUUAAAAUCAAAACUCAAAAUCAAGACUCAAGAUCAAAAUUCGAAACCUAUCAAGACUCAAGAUCGAAACUCAAAAUCAGAACGCAAAACCAAAACUCAAAAUCAAAACUCGAAAUCAAAACUCAAAGUCAAAAUUUGAAAUCAAAGCGCAAAACUUAGCAUCAAAGUCAAAAUUCAAAAUUAAAAGAUCAAAACCGAGGUAAAACUUUUUAAGUAAAGAGAUUUGCGGCCCUCGCGGAUCUCGCUUUCGCAUGCGAUACUUCGGAGCGAGUGCCGAAAAUGCAGUAUGCAUCGAACAAAGGAAGCACCAAAAUAUAUUUGGGGUUAGUCAUUGUAAUAGGUUAUUAGUAUAGCAGAAUUAGUUUUUGUUUCUUUUAAAGUCGGACUAGAUUCAGUUUCAGUUCAAGGAACAAGGUGCCGAAAGCAGUUGUAAGAUGGGAGUGUGAAUUUGUUAGAAAGAUGAAAAUACGCGUCAAGAAUUUUACACGGGGUGUUCUUUAGGCAUUAUCAUUGUUGAGCAGUCGAAAACAUGAUACGACGACUUAUCAGAAGUAGAUUCCGAAAAAGGACACGGCAAGCACGCAAUUUGGCCUGACAUACUUACUUAUUGAUAGAUACUACGAAAUGAAUUCUCCACCAUGACUAGCCUGAUCGUAAUUUUCGCACAUUAACCUAUCUGGCAAUAUUAAGAUUUCUGCAGAGUCAACAAAGGUAGACGUAUCUAUUUCAUUCACAUGAGUUACACAGGCCAUCAGUGUAGUCUCUUAAUUCUGACUCCCCGAUAUGCAUAGAUUUGAUGUAGUACCCAGAAGUAUGUAUGUUGAUGUUGUAUGAGCAUCAUUGAUAUCCAAGCCGUUGUGUAUCUUGUCUAGGCCACUUCUGUCACUGAAAAGGGUCGCAGCCGUGGCUGUGCCGCGGUGCAUACCGCAGAAGGACUAGGCAGAAAAGUAUUUCGGCACUUGAAGACAACUUAUGAUUGACCCAGGAAGAACAGCAGCAGAAUCUUCAUGAUGAUUCUAAUAGUUUAAUUUCACGUUAGUAGUCAAGAGUAUUGAAAGUCAUUGUUCUACCUUGUAAGUAGUCUUUGUCAUGGGAACAAAUACGUAAUGAGAAUAUUGCAGACGCAGUGGGUAAGUAUGUAAUGGAGUUGAUGAACUCUAUUAAGUCUAGGCAAGUUUUUGCCGAUAGGAAACACACAACCUGCAAAGUCUUGUUGUCACUGGGAGUGAAGUCGUUGUCUUAAUAAGUAAGCAUCCAUGCAGUCAAUAGUCAUUUUAAUGAGUUGAGAUGAUCGACACUUCGACCCGUGAUGUAUUACUGCAGGCGGGAAGAAGUGGGUAGAGAAUACAAUACAAUCAGAAUCGAUGUCUUCAUUUUCAGAACUAUUCAAGACUCUGCGGACAAGAACGUUUUUGGAGUCAGCGAAUAUCUGAGUCAAAACGUUGGGUGGCGCUUUCUGUCGGGUGACCGACCCAUCCUUUGAGUGUGUAUUUGCCAGCACAUGGAAAGUGUAAGGAGCAUCCAGAUUGAAUCUUUGCGAAGUGAGGUGAUAGAUAGUCCUUUAUUCUCUGACCAACAAAUCCCUAGCGUUAGGCUUGCUUCCUUAAUCAGUAAUAUUCGUGUACAAGUAUCUUGACGCAGGGACGUAAGGGAAUGUGGAGAACACUGUGGGAUCCCUAUUUGAAUUUUUUUGCAGAGCCAGUGGGUUUCGCAUCUUCUCAGCAGCGAACCCGCGAAUACAAUUAUCGAACUUGAUUUCUCUCCUGACCAUCGUUUCACCAGAGCUUUUAUUUUCAAAGAAAGUAUGAUGUGAUUCACCGCGAGGAGAAUGAUACCCAAAAAUUAAGCUUAUGAGGUUCGCCUGAGCGUGCGUGUGAGUUUGUUUGAAG